AUGAAGCUCGUCAGAUUCUUGAUGAAAUGCGCCAACGAGACGGUGACCAUUGAGCUCAAGAAUGGCACCAUCGUCCAUGGCACCAUCACCUCGGUGUCGCCGCAGAUGAACACCGCCCUGCGCACCGUCAAGAUGACGCCGCGCGGCCAGGACCCGCUCUCCCUGGACACCAUGAACAUCCGCGGCUCGACGAUCCGAUACUUCAUCCUCCCCGACUCGCUGCCCCUCGACACGCUCCUGAUAGACGACUCGGUGAAGCCCAAGAACAAGGCGCGCAAGGAGGUCGCGGACAAGGGCAACGUCCGCGGAGGUCCGCGCGGCAGGGGCGGUCCCAGAGGCGGUGGACGUGGUCGCGGUGGCGGCCGUGGGUUCGGACGCGGCAGACCGUAG